UUCUUUUAAAUGGAAAAACGAAAGAAAAAAAGACAGAGAAGAGAAAGGAAAGAAAAUCGAAACAAAAUCGAGAUCGAAAUGUUCUAAUACUUUGUAGCUUGGAGUCACCAUUGGAUCUUCAGUAUGGAUACAUUGUCUUCUCGGUGUUUCCAUUAUUUUGUCUACAAUUUAACUCUAAAAGUGAAUAUGUUUAUGUGCCCAAAGGAGUCAAGUUGAAGAAUCUAAAAUGAAAGAUUUAACUUGACUAGAGAAUAAUUUGAUUUAAUUGUUCAAGUGAAGUGAUUAAUGAGAAGAGAUAAUUGUGUAAUCAUGAUUAGAAGAAUAAUUUUUAUUUCCAUCUUUAUUUCUUUCUCCAUGGUAACCAAAGGAUGUGAUCAGAUGAUAAUAAGUAAUCCUGAUGCUCCAAAAAAUGGAACCUUUAUAUCACCAACUAUAGAGAAUAAUCAAAAUCACACUCGAUCAUGUACUUAUACAUUUAUUGCUUCGGAAAAUGAACGGAUUCAUGUGAAAUUUAAUCACUUUGAUCUACGUGGUUCUCCCCCAGACUGUAACCAUGAAUAUUUGGAUGUUUACACCGAAUCAGAGGAUCCUAAUCAAGAUUUAAUUGUUACACCAUUUAGUGGUAGAUAUUGUGGUCGGUCGGUUCCUCGAGAUCGGGUUUCUCUUUAUCAAACCUUAGUAUUGAGCUUUCACACAGACAAACCUUUGUCUAAUCAAAAUAUCUUUAAUGGAACAUAUGAAUUUAUUGAUGCAACACCUUUCAUUGCUGGUACUCCAGCACCUCGAGAGAUUUGUAGUUACACUAUUUUUAGUGACAAAAAACGAGAGGGUCAAUUUUUAUCCCCAACUUAUCCUGGAGUUUAUCCCAAAAAUCUUAAAUGCCAAUAUCAAUUUUUCGGACGCAAAGGUCAACGGGUACGAGUCGAAUUCAUGGACUUUGAUCUACUCUAUGGUGGACCUCAUUGUCCAUUUGAUCAAAUCCAUGUUUACGAUGGUAGCAGUAAAGAUGACCCUUUAAUUGGUACUUAUUGUGGACAAAAACGAAAUUUAGUUUUAUAUUCAUCGGGUGAAAAUCUUAUGGUCACAUUUACUACUUUACCUCGGAGUGCAGCUCAUGAGAAUCGAGGUUUUAUCGGGUGGUUUGAAUUCUCUGAACGAUUCGUCAAUUUAGGUUUUAUUGGUAAAAACGAUGGAGAGCAUAUUCGUGGUACAGAAUGUGACCAGAAGAUAUUAUCUCGAAAAGAAAAUAAUGGAACAAUUUAUUCACCAAAUUAUCCAUUCCUUUAUCAUUCCAAUAUAAUUUGUAAAUAUCACAUUUACGGAAUCCAAGAUGAACAACAUUUAGAAAAGAUUAGACUUGAAUUCGAAAAAUUUGAGAUCCCAAUUGUUAAAGAAAAGUUAAAAGUAAACGGAGCUCUUUCAAUUCCACUUAGUGGCUCUAUUGGAAUCAGUGAUUCGAUUAAUUUAAUGGGUGCAAUAGAUGAUACUGAAGCAAUUAAUGAAUGUGGUGAUGCAAAUGUCCGUGUCUAUACAACAUCUGAAUCAAUGGAAGAACCUGAUUAUGUUUUUUGUGGAACUGACAAAUUACCUUCUCCUGUUGAAUCAGAUGGACCUACUUUAAUUGUUGUCUUUAGUUCGGGUCUUACACAGGGUCAAGGUUUCAAGGGACGUUAUACUUUCCUUCCCGACUAUCGCAUACCCGGAACUCCUGAACCUCCCGGAUGUAAAUUUAAAUAUUCUAGUGAAUCAAUUAAAAAGGGAGUCUUCAAUUCACCUCGACAUCCAAGUAGUUACCCACCGAUAACCCAUUGUGAAUAUUGGUUCAUUGGUUUACCAGGGGAACAAAUUGAAAUAACAUUUGUUGAGUUUAACAUGAAAAAAAAUAGUGACCUAAUUUUGGGUUAUGAUGCUGCCUGCCAAGAAGAUUAUCUUGAAAUGUAUGAAAUACAUUUAUCGGGACGAGAACAAAAAAUCGGCCGAUAUUGUGUCUAUUCCGCUCCAGGUCCCUAUGUUACUCCAAUCGGUGUUACCAUGUUAAAAGUUGUCAUGAAAACCGACGGAACUGAUACAUCAAGUGGAUUCUUGGCCAAUUAUCAUUUCAUUCCUAGAAAGAAAAUUAAAUCAGAUUGUGGAGGUAACAUAACGGGCUCAUUAUUUGGUUACAUUAAAAGUCCAGGUUAUCCUGAAAAAUACCGACCACAGAAAUUAAACUGCAAUUGGUUUAUUACUGUUAAACCAAAUCAUAAAAUACUUCUCACUUUUCUUAAUUUAAUUAUCGAAGGCUCAAUGAAAGAACGAGGUUGUCCAACUGCAGUUCUCAGAGUUUGGUCCGAUUUAAAUAGAUCACCAAUGGAACUAUGUGGUGUUGGCUUGGAAAAUGAUACUCAAGAUGUAAUUUCAACAACAAAUAUCAUCAAAAUAUCUUUUCUAAUCACUGAUACUGCUGUUGGAGCUCGAGGAUUUGAAGCUGUUUGGUCCGAGAUUAAAGAUGACGGGACAAGUUGCGAUGCCCUCCAAUGUCCAAAAAGUGGUUACUGUGUAUCUAAUGAUAUGAAAUGCAAUGGAGCUCCUAAUUGUGGCUUUUACGAUCAAAUCGACGAAGAUAAUUGUAUUAGAGUGACCGAAGUGAACAAAUUAAUGAUGGUUGCGAUGAUUACGGUUGGAACAAUUUUAUUUUUGAUCAUCAUAUGCUCACUAUGCCAUCGAAAACGGAAAAGGCGUCAAAGCUCCGACACAAUUAGCGGUCAAUUUGAUGUUCCAAGGCCAAAGCAACAUCACGACCUUCAACCAACCGCAAUUCCACCUUAUCUUCAUGUCGACAGUGUCUAAUUAUCUUGUAUUUAUCUAGUAAAUUGUUAUAAUUAGACAAGACGAGAAACCAAAAAUCAAACUACAAAACAAUUUGCCAAAUCAAACAAAAUUGCAAUAAUCAAUCCAGUCUUCAAAAAUUAAACCAAAAAAACUCAUUAAUCAAAUUAAA